GCUCUUCGGGUUAAGAUAUCCGUAUUCCAAAAAGUAAUUCAAUCCGUCGUCAUCAACGUAGGUUUACUUUGACCACUCUGCGGCGCCAAGUUGUACUUGUAGCUCAAGAAACUGCUCUUGCAGACUUCUUCCAUCGUGUGCUUACCGCGCGCUUCGACACAUGCCUUGGCGGCAGCGUAGCCUGCAAGAUUCCUAAAUUCAAGGUGAAGAUAGUUGUCGCGGUCGGGGCAUUGGUGUUCAUGUCAGAGACCGAAGACGUGACCUAAGAUGUGGCGGUAUGAUGCACAUAUGAGAAGGAGCGAGUUACCGAACUCGUGAGCGACUAGGUAGGGGCCGUCCGAGAGGUGCAUCUUCGUCUUGUCGAUGGAGAUGCCAUGGCGAUCAGGCUUGCCUUCUGGUCGCUCGUUCUUGGAGGCUUCGUCGGCGUAGCAAUACCAAAUCGUGGUGACUUCGCCGCUGCGGCUGCGAGACCAUGGCUGCACUGGGUUGUUGAAAGUGAUGACAGCAUCGGUCCAACCCACUCCUCCAGCUUGAGCGAGGACAAGGAGACCGUUUCCAACAAUCAGAUAUGGAUCGCCGUGUUGGCGCAUGAACUUGGACACAUGUUCGGUUUCUGGCAUGAGCAUCAGCGACAUGUUGAGAACCACUACGUCUGGUUCAACUGCGCGGCUGUAAAAGGCUAAGAUGAAGCCAAGCAGGAAGUCGAGGCAGGCGGUAUGUAGAGCGUGGAGCAAAUCUGCGGCGAUGGCGGGCUAGCAGCGAUGAUCGACUUCAGUAUCAUUGCGCAGUACGACAACAUCGAUCAACGCGAACCGGCCGGCGAGGUCGACGGUCGUUUUGGAACCUGAUCUAUAAAUACCCAAACGCAUACGAUGGCGCCUCAAUCAUGCACCAUGACUCCAAUGCGGCGUGUUGGCACGAAGAUGAGGAGAAGCUGCAUGUUGCGAUCGCGUUCUAGAAGGGGCGAGGGCCGAAGUUCACAUCACCACCAAAGUUCGACGAGAACGAUUUGGAGGAAGUUGUGGUCUGGUGUCCAGGACAUUGAUGGGCUGAAGAAGAUGUACCCUUGGCGAGCCUAGAUAAUCGUACACUGGAGGUCUGCGAAGUAGAUGGCGGUCAUAGUAGAGGAACGCCAAGACUCUAGAAUACGACAAAGACCUGAAAGAACACAAUUCAUAC